AUGAGUGAAUUACGGUGUAUACACACACCACUUACAUAUCAACACUUUGACUGCCUCGGUGGUGUAGUGGUUAGCAAGUACGGCCGCACACCCGGAGGUCCUGGGUUCGAGUCCCGGGUCGGGCCAAGUUUAGUUAUUGAGUCUUUCUGCACAGUAAGCCUCAGUAACAGCCCGGAGUUGGGAAGUUGGCGGUGUUUCACCCCCGUGCCUCGGAGAGCACGUAAAGCCGUCGGUCCUGCGCCU